AGGGGACGAAGAUUUGCCUCACUCGCCGUGGCGAUGGCUUCCGGGGCGAUGCAAUUAGGGCUGUUGUCUCCAUUUGUUGCCUCGCAUCGCUGUUUGAACACCGCAAGUGUGUCCAGGAAACAUAAUGUUCCAGGCGUCAGGCUUCGUGGUUUUAUGAAUCCGCAAGUGAGGAGAUCGAAUGGUGCGAUACUGAGCAAUUGGUGUGGGGUGCAGGUGAGACGGGAAUCGAGGCACCCUGUGUGUGUUUGUGCUGCUGCGGCAACUGGUGGAGCUGGCGACGUUCCCUUGGCAGGUUCCGAUGAGUUAGAACCAUCGCCUACCGAGACACCGUCUCCGCAGGAACAAGAGGAACGGAAGAAGAGCUUGACAUCCUGGUGGAAGAACUGGCAGACCAAUGCUUCGGAAAUGCGCGCACAAGUUGCAAAACUGGGGUUGGCAGCUGUUCUCGCUUAUGGUAUUUUUGAUGGAGUCACUUACACUUCAUUUUUUGUUCUGGCCUUUCUAGGCUACGAGAAAAGCACCGGGCUAAACCCUGCAGCCAAUUUGAAGGCGUUGCUUGGGAUAGUGGUCUUGAUGUGGACAGGGAAUAAUGUGACAAGGCCCUUCCGAGUAGCUGGAGCGGCUGCUUUUGCGCCAUUAAUUGACAAAUUUCUGAAGAAAACGCAGACAGCUUUGAAGCUGCCAAAUCAGGCAUUUGCAUUCAUGAUAGUAGUAGCCUCAUUUGCUUCCCUUUGUUUUUCAGUUGUAGGUGUCCUCAUUCUAUCCCGGUGGGGUAAAUAGGAUAGGACAAAACCAUGUGGUUUCUGUGCAUUACAUUGCACGUGUACAUAGAUUUUUUUGCAUUGAACGUAACAAAGAAUAGUUUUUCUUAA